CUGUCGUCGGCGGCCACAGAGCGCUCCCUCGGAGCCAACUCCAGCACCGCGAAGGGACCGGCAGCGGCAGAGCAGUUGGAAACCAGACCUUUUAUCUCCUCCAUCGCGCAUCCUGGGACUUGAUUCUCCGUGGGCCGGGUGAGAAGACUGGGAGAGGACUGCUGUGCAAAGAGAGUGGAUCAGCACACAGCCUCGCCUGGGAGGCCGUGGAGAACUCGACUGCCCCUGCCCCUCUCCUGGCCAGAGAGGCAGGCGAUGGCGGGCACUGGGCUCCAUGCAUUUCUCCUGACAGUCUCGCUCCAGCCCCUAUUUCAGCGUGCCUUCGGCCAAGGUUCCUUAAAGAACAGCACAGCGAACCCCACAUCGCUGUCGCCCUCCCCAUCUGGCCUCUCGGGGUCAGCGCUAGCUGCAGCCAUAGCAGUGCCUUCUGUCAUUGGGGGUCUCCUGCUGAUCGGCCUCUUGGUUUUCAUAGGACUCAAAGUUCGGGAGAAGCGCCAGACAGAAGGCACCUACCGGCCCAGCAAUGAGGAGCAGGUCGGUGCCCGGGUGGAGACAAACGUCAACCUCAAGCUGCCCCCAGAAGAGCGACUCAUCUGAGACGGGAGCAAGGCUCUGCUCAGGUGGCCUUGGCUUGGAAGAAGUGCGUCUGCCCCACAGACUGAAAAGCGGAAUAAAAAGGGACCUGCUUCCAUCAGGCUUGAUGCUCCCAGCCUGCCACUAAGCAUUGCAGGCCACCAGGCUGUGAAUGGCUGUGAAUGGGAGGGGUCCCGAACACUGCAAGCAGGGCUUUGAGGCACCUUGGGGCUGGGGCUUGUGCCCGUGACGGUUGCAGACAGACGGUUCAGGGCCAGGUCCUCUUUUGCCUCCCUGAGCAUGCGGAAGAAAGAGGGUGGCUUCCCUUUUAUGCAGUGCCAGCUGACCAGGGCUGCUUCAUUUCUCUUGGUGCUGUCCAAAAGGAUGGACUCUCCUCCUUGUGGGUGGGUGGGUGGGUGUGAAUGGGAUUGCCAGCACAGCUGGCAGGAUUUGCUGCUUUGCCUGAAUGGCAAAGGAUGGGCUGGAUCUUAAGGAGCCUGCCAUGUAGGAUCUGGGGCAGGGUCACCUUUUAAUUUUUUUACAUGGAAUUGCACUGUGCUUUUAAGUAUGUCAUUAUUUAAUAAAAAUAAAAUCUCCCUUUGCUGGUGGAGUCAAUGUGACAAGGUAGUGCUACCUGGCAUUAUGAAGGGAGCAUUGGUUCCACAUUGGAUCGUGACUUGUUUUUUAGUCUGCAUAAAAAUCCACAUGUAUUUUCAUUCACUCUUUUCAAAAUAUGCAUUUUGUAUGUGUGUUUUACACACUUUUUCAAAUAUAUGCAGUUUUGCAGGUGAUUUUCCAUUGAAGUAACUGUUUUUGUUGUGUAGUUUCCAAGUAUGCACAUUCUUUGUGCGCAUAAUUUUAAAUAUACACUGUUUCAAAUGAACAUUUUGUAUUUGAUUUUUUGGUAACUACAUCACAGACUUUGGAAAAGCAUCAAUUUAGUCAUCUAACAGCGUUGCAGUUUCUGUUUAGGCUUGGGAAGUGUGACUUUGGUAAGUUCACAUUGAAAUGUGAAACAAACCAAUUUUUUACCUACCCCUACUCUGUUCACUUAUCCAAAUCAAUCUGCAAGAAACACAGAUGGCCUGUAUUAUGGGCAAGUGCCUUAGUCUGAGGCUGGCACUAGAUGGCAGCACAAUUCUUUUUGGGGAUUGGUAACAAAUGUCUUUGGUCUACAUUUUAAUGCAGACCCAUCAGAUCUGUACUCCAAAUCAUCAAAUAAUUUGCCAUGGAAAUUCCUGCACUUCCAAAUUUUGUGAUGCACUUUGCAAAAACAAUAAAAAAACAUUUAUAAAACGCAUACAUUUUAAAGGGUGCAAGCAACAAAUUUGCAUUUUUAAACAGUAAGUCUCAGAAGACCUGGUUGGGACAUCAUGACUGACAACCCAGGAAUGGGGUUCAGCUCCCUCAAGCUGUAGUGGGGCUGACCAGGCAUGAGCCAGCAGAUUUGCCUGUUCCCACUUAUUCCUAGUUACCUAGGGUUUCAGCAACUCACGGGUUGUCAAGCAAAGCAUGCAAAGCAGACCUGAAUAUAGCAACAUUAAUGUACAUAAUAAAAUGAAACUAUUUGGAAAAAUGAACAGAAAACCUGUCAUUCUGCUUUAAAUGUGUGUAUAUUUGCAAAAGUGUAUAUAUUUUAAAAAUGCAUACAAAACAAUGCAUUUUAACGUAUAUGAAAAUGUGUGACAAUGUCCAU